CAAACCCGGAAGUUCUGUGUAUCAUGGAUAAACAAAGAUGUUGAGGAGAGGAUAGUGUACAAGUCAAAUCUCUAAACAGGUUUAGUUGGAAUUCAGGUAUAAACUAAGCUGCUAAAAGUAAAGCAACAUCUCGUUAUGUUGUAAAUAGUUUGUGUUUUUUGUCGUAUUGGUCUUAAAAUUUGACAGAUAGUCAUGAGCAGCUGUUCAACCAGCCUCGCUCCUGCUCGCAGCUUCGGCUCAUUCUGCAGCCACACUUCUUCUUUGUCCAGCAUGUUGGACACUGCUGCGGAGCAAAUGAUGGUCCACAAAGAUUUCCAGGCAGCCUUUGACACGUGCGACAGAGGCCUGGAGAGUCUCGCCAGCAUGGACCAAGAGGACAACAGAUGUGGAGAGUUUAAGGCUGGCUUCUGCAUCUUAGGCAUUCAAGCACUGGCUGAGCUGAAUCAGUGGCAUGGUGUCCUCUCCUGGGUCCUUCAGCAGUACGAGCACCAGGAGAAAAUACCAGCUAAAAUAAUGCAGAUGUGCAUACUUCUUUACUCCAAGGUGGGAGAGCCAGCCGCGAUGCAGGAGGCAGCCAGAGUUUGGUUAAACUGCCCGUCCAACAGCAGAGUAACAGGGUUUGGGACGGUGGCAGAGCUGUACCUGCUGCAUGUCCUCGUGCCUCUUGGACACAGAGACGAGGCUCUGGAGCUGAUUGACGGUGAGGUUGGAAGUGGCGCGUUCACAGAGGACCAGAGGCAGACGGCACUGGAUGUUGUGGAAGAAAAAGAGCGACAGAAUCAAGAACCGCCACUGAAUCCCGGGAUCAGUCCAGACUCUGAGAUCACUGCGCAUACAGUCUCAAGUCAAGGAGCUGUAAUCCGUAAACUUGGAGCCAUGCUCAAGUUUUUCUACAGAAAACUGUUGUUGACCGGCUCUGGCUCAUUCCCUCUCCGGAGAGUCUUUCUGGCUGCUGUCCUUCUCUACAUGCUUCUUCUUCGAAUGGAUCCAGCUCUUCCGUCUUCAUUCAUGUGGAUUUACAAACUUCUUCAACUGCUCAAACAGAUGUGGAGUGCCAUGUUUGCAUCGAACUAUCAGGCUCUCACUCAGAGCAAAGGACUGUAAAAGAAUGAAAACUGCAAUAUGUUUUUUCCCUUUUUCAAGUUUCAUUAAACCUGUUUAAACAUCAA